AUGACAGACUUAGCUGACGGUGAAUGCCGUCGAGCCUGCUCGAUAGUCGUUGACAGUGUUUCCAAAGUUCCCAUAUGCCUUUUCGGGAAGAACGAUCGUGGGAAGAAUCAGGAAAAGGUCCCACCGAGGCCGAAGAGCUGGUUGGUGAUGAACGACUCCUCCUCUCCUCAGGUCCCUCAGGAUUCCCUCCCUUCCACCCCACAACCUGGCAGCGCCUUUGAAAAAUGGCGCAGAAAGGCUAUGCUCGCGACUGGCCUCGGACUAAGCGAUAGUGAACGUCUGGAGAACACACAAAUCUCGCAAAUCGAGGCCUGCGAGAAGAAAAAGGAAUAUCUCAUGAAUUACAGUCCUGUCGUAGUCUUCAUGCUGAAGCACCUAAAACUGUCUGGAUGCGAUGUCCCACCAUCCAAUGUCCUCUGCGCACCUUGCGACCGGAUACAGGCAGGAGGCUUUACGCCGGAUCCCGGUGCUGUCAUCCUGUGCGCAGGGCAGUUCUUCAGCGAGCAACAUAUGGAGAGCACCAUCACGCACGAGCUCAUUCACAUGUACGACCACUGCCGUUUCAAGGUUGACUGGUCGAACCUGCGGCAUCAUGCCUGCAGCGAGAUACGCGCGAACAACCUGAGCGGAGACUGUCGGUACACACGAGAGCUCCGCCGAGGCUUCGUGUCAUUUUCGAAGCAGCAUCAGGCCUGCGUCCGAAGACGAGCCAUUGAAUCUGUGAAGGCCAACCCUGCGUGUCCUAAUGAAGCUGCGGCAGAGCGUGCUGUCAACGAGGUCUGGGAGAGUUGUUUCAACGAUACGCGGCCUUUCGACGAGAUCUAUUGA